AUGCGCACUACUAGCUUACUACUCACUUUGGCCUAUGCUGCUACCUUGGUUAUGGGUCGCCCUACUACCACCACAUCUACUACUGAUGCCGCUGAAGCCACCGGGACCUCCUCCUCCUCCUCCUCCUCUGGCCAAGUACAGGUUUUCGAACACUGCAACAGACCUGGUGUGUUUGCAUUGACAUUCGACGAUGGACCUGACAAGUAUUCAUGGGGAUUGGCCAAGACAUUGAAGGAACAAGGCGUCAAGGCAACCUUCUUCCUUAAUGGUGACAACUCUGUUAAUGUUCUCAGUGAUUCUACUAUGACUGAUGAAGGUGAAAAGACCUAUCUGGAGGUCAUCAAGCACUACUACGAUUCAGGUCACGAAGUUGCAAGCCAUACCUUGAAGCACAUGAAUCUUGUCGGCCUCACUGAAGAGCAAGUCAAGGAACAAAUGAACAAGCAAUCUGAUAUCAUCUACAAGGCCAUUGGCAAGAGAGUUCGUCUUAUGAGACCUCCUGAGGGUGUCAUUGAUGAUGUUUCCAGCAAAGUCUUGAGUGAAUUGGGCUAUUACGACAUCAUGUGGGAUGUCGAUACCAAGGACUGGGAGCAUAAGGGCUUGAAGGCUGAGCAGGCCCGCAUCCGUGAGGUCAUGGACAAGGAUGUUGCCAACAAGACUAUGGGUCAUAUUGCUCUUGAGCAUGAUAUUCAUGAAGACACCGUCAAGACAUUGGUGCCUUGGUUUGUUGACUAUGUAAAGCAAAAGGGAUAUGAAUUCGUCACUGUUUCCGAUUGUAUCGGUGUUGAGCCCUACUUUGAAGAUGCCAACAGCACUAUUACUGCUAAUGCAUCUGCUACCACUGUUGAUUACAACGAGUUGGCUCAUGGCUCAGUUGCCUCUGUCGAUUCUAUUCCUAUUACCACUCCUGCCUCCAACUAA